AAACGCGACAACGAUCUCAUGUUUUGAAACUCGGAAGCAUGUUCGUUUUUGGUGUCCAUCAAGGGACGGUCACGGAUAGCUCAUUUCCUGGGACUUUUCGCAGUGGGGUUUAUCGAUGGAGAAAGGACCACUCGCACAACGCUGAACUGUUUGCAAAGCGGCAUCUGCGUUGUGAAUGCGAGAAUGGAACAAUGCCAUAGCUCCAACUAUCACGCGGUGUUCUUCGCCCCCGACCACCCCAGAUAUUACUCACAGACUGUGGCUACCACGACGCAUCCUCGUUUGCAAUCAGCCACGCCGUUGCGUCUUCCCGAUCCACUGGCACGAAAGAUGCAGAAACCGAUGAAGCGCAAGCACGAACACGCAACGAUUGAGAGUUGUUACGUUGAAAGCUGCCUUCUGCAACUCUGCAGAGCAGAGCAAUGGACCGAUGUAGUUCGCCGCUGUGAGGACUACCCAGAGGAGGCCUCUUUGGUUCCAAUGAAUCACCGUAUUUCAUGGAAGAGCAACGAAUUCCAAAGCCGAUCGAGGAAACGGUACCUAGUCAAACGGUUUGGUGGGGAAGAUUGUCAGCCAACUAUUUUCCGUAAAAGUGCUCUUGGCAUCGUGUGUGCUUCGAAAGAUAUGGGAACAGACGAGGCUCAAACCGCAAUUCUGGCUCUCUUAAACGCGAAUCCUCUCCAGGUCGGUGCCAGCCAGUAUGUUGCUGGCCAUACGCCUUUGAGAGACGCGAUCCUGAACGACAGUUGCACGCUUGAGAUUUUCGGUAUCAUGAUUCGGACAAUGUCGAGGUGCAUGGGUGGAGACAUCUCUUUUCACCUUAGAGAUAUAAAUGGACUCUUACCGAUAGAUCAUCUGACUGCAUCAAUUCAACUUGGUUCCACGGCACAUUCCAUUGCCAUGAUGGAGGAAUUUCUUCGCGCAAAAUCGAAAACGGCUCGAUCCAUUGAAAAUAGCACGUCUCCGUUGAUUCGACUUCUUACCACGGGAAACUCAUCAAACACUUCGCUAUCGGGCUCGGGUCCACCAGUCCGAUUUUCCAGCCGGCUUUCGCCAGAGUACAAGCAUAAUUUGUUGCAUUCGCAACGAGUGCUAAGCGCCGCCAUACUUCUCCUAGAUGACGAUCCCAGUCUUCUACACCAUUUCUCCCACGUCACAAAAUGUACUCCCUUGCACAUAGCUCUAAGAAAUUACGGAAACUACGAACCUUUGAUCCACGAAUUGUUGGAAAGAGAUCAAGACAGCGAUAUGUUACGGGCUAGAAAUCUCUAUGGAGAUUUGCCAAUCCAUGUUGCUUGCAGUGUUGGCGUCCCGUUUAAAGUACUAUGUCUAAUAGUGGAACGGACAGCAAGUAUAUCGUCUAGUGAAAGUAUCGUCGAACAAAUGAGUCGGCAAAGCUUUGUCAAAAGAGAUCGUUUCAUAUGGUCGACAAAUCAGUCGGGUUAUACUCCUAUAGAUCUGGAAUGGAUCCGUCAUAAUGAGUUGGGAAAUGACGUCUAUACUGCUCGGCCAUUUUACCCUGUGGAGGCGACCGGAGUACGAAAUCAUUGUUUCAAAGAAGAUGAGUACUAUAGAGGGUUAUUGAAGGAGUCGGUAGCCCAGAUGAUGGAGAACCAUGAUGCAGCAUGCAGCAGAUGCCAAUCCGAGUUGAGCAGUAGAGAGGCAGAGGCGAAGGCGACCUUUGGCUCUCUUUUGGAUCGGAUAUCACUCCUUAUCAGAGCAGCAGCCACUUCUGGACCUAUCUUGGAUUCGAAAGGAAUGAUCCGCUCGAGACUUAUUGAGUCAUGUACACUAGGUACACCAUAUUCUCCUUCUCUUCCUCUUCCAAUAUUACAACUAUUCCUUUGGCUGCGACCACAAGAAGUGUUAGAGAAAGAUCGACUAAAUAUGCUCCCCAUUCAUCAUGCUCUUCGUUUCAGCGUAACGUUGAGUCGAAAUUUAUCAACUCAAAACGCAGUUGACGAUUGGAGAUCAUUUGUGUUUCAGUUGCUAGGAAAAUCUGCAGAUCAAUGCAAAGCCAAAUGUCGAGAUGGUCGCUUGCCCUUGCACUAUGUGCUAGACCACUCUGGUGAGGAUGAUACCAAUGGGGGAAAUGCUUUCCCGCGCGCGAAGUUGCAAUCGGCACGGCAUGCUAUAGUCGAGAAGCUGAUCGAAUUGUAUCCAGCAUCCGUGGAUCAACGUGAUCCGAUCUCAGGCCUAUAUCCCUUCAUGUUAGCUUCUGUCGAUCAAAAUCUCUCCAUUGAUACAGUUUUCUAUCUUCUCCGCCACUCACCUUCUCGUUGUCCCGAUCUGCGGACAUUCACGACGAAGAAAAACUAAUAUGCAUAGAGAAAACAGCUGCGCAUUUCUGCGUUAUCACCUUCAUUCUCGUUGCUACGAUUGAUCAUUGACGAAGACGGUGUAAAUUCGUCUUUGAGAGGGAAUGCGAUUUUGCUUUCUUCGCUAUCUCUGUUCUUGCUGUCCUGACUUCUAGUUGACGACGACGAUUUUAAAACAUGUCAAUUUUAGUAGAGAACAACAAUUUAUUGAGCAUAUUUUCAAAAGCAAAUCUACGAACCAGUCGUAGAUUCUGGACCUCUAUUUUUUUUAUGAUGACUCCUUUGACUACAACACUAAAUAUGUACAAAAUGA